AUGUCGCUUCACUCAUUUCUCGGAUUGUCAUUGUUGACUCUCGCUUCUGUAGCACAGGCGCAAGAUUGUCCACUUCAGUUUGAAGGUCGUGUACCAGUAGGCACCACACCAACUGCAUUUGAUAACUCCAAUACAAGUCUCUACAAUCCCAGCUAUAACUUUGGUGCAAAUCUCACAUGGAGCCAAAUCAUCAACAUCCCAACUGAUAUUCCUACUUCUCUGUAUGAUGGAAACUCAACUAUACCCUUCGAGGUUACCCUCUCUGAUGCCUCCAUCUUUGCUCCCUCCUCGACAAACGUACAGGUUGGAUUUCGUCGUGCUGAAUUGAUGCCAUUAUCCAACAAUGGCACUGACGCUUCCACCACAGGCAUUAAAACUCUUCAUUUCUCCAUCAUGAAGGAUGCCUCUCGUCCUCUGAAUCUCAGCCAUGAGUAUCAAAUUGCCUUCCUCGAAAGUGCAGAUUUCAGCACCAACCAAUUUGUGUUGAAGACAGGCACAAUUUUGGACACAAACAACACAGAUUCAAAUGUUUUGAGAGUUGUCGGAAAUGUAAAUGAGGGAGCAACCGAACUUUUCACUACUGCUUUCACCGAUGGAUGGCACAACUUUGGGUUGAAAUUGGAUUUUACCGCAAAUACAACUCAAGUAUUCUACUCUACCUCUUCCAAGGCUCUUGAAUCAGUCACCGAAGCUCUAACCAAUGACAUUUCUGGACAAGGUCAAUACCACUUCGGUUUAUUGAAGAAGCCAACAGAUUUCGCCGCUGGUGUGGAUGUUUCCAAGAAUGGAUUCCAGGAAAGUGGUAUCAAUGAGGGAUUGAUAUUUGGUGGUAUUUUCAUGGAAGACAGCGAGAACUGCGACGCAGAUGUGUGUGUUGAGACUGAGUAG